AUGAUUCAAUUUGUAUCAGCGUUUGCUAUCCUCGCUGCGACAGCUGCUGCCACAUCCAUGCACUAUUCAAAUGUUGUUCAACAUUCGUAUCCCAAACGGGCACGACAGAUUGCACCGGACGAGUACUAUCCGAUCUACGUGCUCGAGAACUAUGACGAACAUUUCUUGGAUAGGUUGCCAAAAUAUCUUCAGUUGAAUAACAAUCAUGAAUCAGUGUACUUCGUCGAUCGUAAUGAGCGAAAUGGCGAUCAUAAUUCAUAUCAUGGCGAUGAUGGAUAUUUCGGAAGACAAAGAAUCGUGUACACACAUGAUGACUUUAACACCAACCAAUAUCACCCGCUGCCCAAUCACUUGCCCGAUCAGCUGGGAAACUCCGCGCAUCAUGGGCACGAAAACCAUGGACUAUACGAAGAAACCCAUCAUGGUGGACAUAGCAAUGUAUACAACGAUAAAUACGAUCAUGGAUUAUACGAUGACGCCCAUCACAGGGGGUAUGCCAAUGCUUAUAAAGACUACUCUAAUCAUCCCAAGUAUAACUUUGAAUACGGUGUGAACGAUUUCCACACCGGUGAUCACAAGCAGCAGUGGGAAACGCGUAACGGUGAUGUGGUAAAGGGUGGAUACACGAUGAAGGAGGCCGACGGUACCAUCCGGAUCGUGGAGUACACUGCGGAUGAUGAACACGGUUUCAAUGCGGUUGUCAAGAACAUCGGACACGCGCACCAUACGGGCGGACACAAGCUGGAGGCACGAACGAACGAACAAAGUGGUGGCUAUGGAGAUUUGAAGAACUAUGCUGGAGCCUAUGCCAGUGGUGAUUACUACAAGAAUGGUGCGACAAGUUAUUCGAAAAUUUGGAAGAAAAAUUAA